GCGCAGAGAGGGAGGGAGGGAGGGAGGGAGAGAGAGAGAGAGAGAGAUGGGAAGGAGUCCAUGUUGCUCAAAGGUAGGGCUGAACAGAGGAGCAUGGACUCCCUUGGAAGAUAGAAUUCUGACUGCUUAUGUCAAAGCUCAUGGGGAGGGCCAAUGGAGGAAUCUUCCCAAGAGAGCUGGUCUCAAGAGAUGUGGCAAGAGUUGUAGACUGAGAUGGCUAAACUACCUGAGGCCAGACAUCAAAAGGGGUAACAUCUCCCAUGAUGAAGAAGAGCUCAUCAUCAGACUCCAUAAGCUCCUUGGUAACAGAUGGUCGCUGAUCGCAGGUAGACUCCCGGGACGAACAGAUAAUGAAAUCAAGAACUAUUGGAACACCACUUUGGUGAAGAAAGCUAAGGAUCAACCGUCUUCUUUUCCCUCCCGAGAAUCACCUUCAACUGAGUCCAAAGCCAAAAGGAUCUCGGCCAACAAUGGCUAUUCCAACAUCGUCAAGCCCUCGAGUUCUCAGUCGCCGCCGGCGACCGUCACCAGACCGCAGCCCGUGCGAGCAAAGCCAACACAGUGCACCCCGGUGCUAGCCUGGGAGAAACUAUAUGAACUCGGUCCCCUGCUUAAACCAACGAGUGACAUUCAGGAUCCACAAAUUGGUGAGGCUCGCCGUGAAGAUUUUCCUCGUCAAGGUGUUAGUGAAAUUCGUCUCUUUGACUUUGAACUUGAUGAUCAUUUCCAAGCAGAGCAAGACCGUUUUAUGGGGAAUAUGCUCGAGACUAUUGAUAAUAUUGCACCUAACGUCGAAGAAAUUCUUCUGGAGAGUUGGACGGGCAGUGUUUGUACAAAAGAGGACGCGUUAGAUCUAGAGUCUAUUCCAUUUGUGCUUGAUCCUGAGGAAUGGCCGUGAUGUUAUGUAAUAGAGAAUUUAAUUUUGAUUAGAGCUGCCUUUUUAGGUACCUUAAUAAAUCCCCACUCGGGCAUUGAUCCCUCAGAAUUGGCAUGAUUGGUGGGAGUGUAAGAGGAUUUUCAGCUCGAAAAUUCAAGGUCAUCUAUUCAAAUCUCA